AUGGUUGAUUGUGAUGGCCGCACAGCCCUCCACAAUGCUGUCCGGUGUGGAAGGAUAAGGAUGGUCGAGGCAUUAGUUAAAAGUAAUCCCAAAUUGACGCAACUUGCAGAUAAUAAUGGACGUGUUCCAUUGGCAAUGUCUGCUAGGGAAGCUCCUAUACAUAAGGAGAUUGCCUGGUUCCUGGCAAAAAAUACGACAGACGAUGGGCUAAUUCAUCCCUCCAGCGGUGACUCUGGGACUAGUCCCUUCAGCGGUCGCUCUGCGACUAACGUCACUCUAUGUCUCAGCUACGCUGGUCAUCAUGAUAUCACCCUGUAUCUGGUCGAACGGUACCCUGACUUAAUUACUCAUGAAAGCGUAUCCUUGUCUAUACUGCAUGCCUUGUCGUUGAUGCCAUCUCACUUUCUCAGCGGAACCAGGCUCAGUGUUUUGGAAACGUUGAUAUACAAAUGUAUUCCGGUGGAGUUGAACUACAAACCAAGAGAAAAAAAUUCGGAUCCAGCACUUCGUCGUCUUGCAAGAUCACUUUGGAAUGCCGCCAAAACUGCAGUUCCUAUAAUCAAGAGAGUUCACGGAGUGAAGUUGAGACACGUGGCGGCAGUCGAGUUGGCAACACAAUUUUGCAGGGCGAUCUCUCAUCUGAAUACUACCGAGAUCAUCGAUUUUUUCCCAGAGGGGGGCCCAUUGGCUCAAGCUACAACCAUGGGAAUUAGUGAACUCGUGAAGCUCUUUAUUCAGUCUUUCCCGGAGCUUAUUUGGGUUUCGCCUUAUGGAAGGAGGUUGGAGAGAUAUGCGUUGGUCUUUCGCCAAGAAAGGACUCUGAGGCUCUUUUUGAAGGUUAGCUCAACCCAUGAGUGGUCAUUGGUUCCGGCGCCUAGCCAGGAAGAAUCGCAGGAUAUGAUGCUCGAAGCAGCACAGUACAAUCCUAACUUGGAUACAUUAACCAAGGUCAGCGGAGCAGCAUUCCAACUGCAAAGGGAACUCCAAUGGUUUACGGCUGUGGAAAGCUGGAUUGCUCUUGAUAUAAGAUAUGACAAACAUGAUGGCAAAACAUGUUGGGAAAUAUUCGUGGAGAAGCACAAAGGGUUGCUUGAGAAUGGAGAGAAGUGGGUGAAGGACACUGCAAAUUCAUGUAUGCUUGUCUCAACUUUAAUUGCCACAGUACUGUUCGCUGCUGCUUUCACUGUUCCUGGAGGCAGUGACGACAAAAGCGGAGCCCCCUUGUUGUUAGGACAGGACUCUCUUCUAGUUUUUGCAAUUUUCGAUGCGUUGGGUUUGUUCUCCUCUGUGACGGCCAUCUUGCUAUUCCUAGCCAUCUUAACGUCACGUUAUGAGGCGCAAGAUUUUCCUCACUCAUUGCCUAGGAAGAUUAUAUUGGGUCUUUGUUUUCUCUUCCUCUCCUUGGCUUUCAUGCUGGUAGCCUUCGCCGCAACUCUCACUAUCGUGCUUGAUAAGAGACUGGAGUGGGUUUUCAUUCCUAUUACUUUGCUGACCUCUGUCCCCGUGGCUUUAUUCGUUGUGCUGCAGAUUCCCCUGCUAUACCAAAUGAUUAAAUCCACUUGUGGACCAAGCAUCUUUCGUCCCGAGAGCAUUUGGGAGGGAGGCAUAAUAUUGGAUGAGACCAUGUGA